CAUCGCGGCGGAUGCUGCCACGGCCUGGAGCAGAAAGGAAGGCACGGUGCAAAAAUCCAAGAGCACUUAGGGGCGGCUUGACUGGGAGACAGCAAAAGAGAGGGUGGGAGAAGCCAGAUCGGCGGAGAAAAGAGCGCUUUGUGGACGAGCUGCCGGUGCAAACGCUGGAGAAAGAAGCAGGCGGAAAAUCGGCAGGGCGAGCAGCAAAUCUGGCCAUGAUGCUGGGCCAAGUGACUUUUGAGGAUGUGGCUGUAUAUUUCACAGAGAGUGAGUGGACUCUGUUAAAUCGAGGGCAGAGAGCCUUAUACUACGAGGUCAUGCAGGAGAAUCAUGAGAAUGUGGUCUCUUUGGGAUUUCCUGUCAUCAGAUCCCGCUUGAUCUCUCGGUUGGAACAAGGGGAUGCACCAUGGAUUCCUGAUCCAGACACUGUGGAAGGCAAGAAUUCUUUUCUCUGCUCUAUCGCACCUCAGUCAAAAAAACACCAAGGCUGGUUUGUUCUCCAUUCUCAAAAGUCUUCAGUGUUGAGCAAAGGCCUAGAGUUUUCACGAAAGCAAGGAGAAAACUACCACUGCUACUUCCAGUUAGAAUAUGAAUCAUUGCUUAUUCACCUUGCCUCUUUCUUUUAA